CGAACGCGUGGAAGGUUCCCAGUCACGUGCUAUGCACGUGCCAUCCCCUCUUUAAAACGAGCCUUCUCGUCACACACCAGCUUCACCUCUUGGAUCUUCUCCUUCGCUUUCUUACCCAAACCCCCUCUCUUUCUUUAGGUAAAGAGAAAGUAGAAAUGGCAGACGAAGGGACAGUCACCUGCAUCGAUAUCCUUAUUGCCAUCAUCCUUCCUCCUCUUGGAGUCUUCCUCAAGUUUGGUUGCAAGGUGGAGUUCUGGAUCUGCCUGGUGCUGACGUUAUUCGGAUACCUCCCUGGGAUUAUCUACGCCGUUUAUGCCAUCACCAAGACCCAGUAAAAUGAACAGGCAGCGGAACCGGUGGGAUGGUGGUGACUUCUGUGAUCUUUGUUUUCCGACCGUUGGAUAAUGCUGAUUCUUCUUCUUUAUCCUGUUUGUUCAUGGAUGAUUAAUCUGUUCUUUGUCCUGUAUAUUUCCGUAUCUUAUUUUCUAGAGGUUUCUCUGUGUGUAUAAUCUUUGUAUUGGUGUCUCUUGGUUACUGCUACAAAGGGUUUUCUUAUCAAUAAAUCAGCAUUAAAUAAUUUGGAUCU